CUUCCGCAUUAAGCAGGAAGAAGUCAAGUCACAGAGCCAGAUGCAAUCUACAUCAGCACACCCAAAUCUGACUGUAUACAAGUGUUUUUUGGUGUAUUAGAGAAUAACAAUUUGAGGUGGAACCGAUCUCCAUGAAGCUAUCUUGAAACUAACUGGUUAAACAAGGAUUAAUACAUUUGAAAAGAUGGACGACAUUGACGCCAUGUUCAGUGACCUGCUGGGGGAGAUGGACCUCCUCACUCAGAGUCUCGGUCAGGAAACAGUACCUCCUGCAUCUCUCCCCAGCACCGACACAGAAGUCAACUUCCCCAUUGGCUUCGGCGACCUGAAUGCGAACCUCCAUGAACUGGAAGACAAUGAUUUGGAUGCACUCAUGGCUGAUUUGGUGGCUGACCUCAAUGCGACGGAAGAGAAACUUGCAGCAGAAAUAGAAGGCUUGAAGGUGCCAUCACCGCCCCCAUCAGACCUACCGCCACCACCUAAGGGCCUGAGCAUACAACCUGCCUCCUCCCUCGCUUCCCCAACAUCACCCGCGAGAGGCACCAGCAGCAAUGUUAGCACCCCGGCCUCCUCCACCGCCUCUCCUUUACCACCUCCGCCUCCUCAGUCCUCAAAGCCUUCAAAGGAGGAAAUUGAGGCGCAGAUGAAAGCUGACAAAAUAAAGCUGGCUCUUGAGAAGCUCAAGGAAGCAAAAGUGAAAAAGUUGGUGGUGAAGGUGCUGUUAAAUGACGGCAGCUCCAAAACCCUGAUGGUCGACGAGAGGCAGAACGUCAGGGAGGUUCUGGAGAACCUGUUUGAGAAGACUCACUGUGACUGCAAUGUGGACUGGAGCCUGUGUGAGACCAACCCUGAACUGCAGCUCGAACGCACGUUUGAAGACCACGAGAACCUUGUGGAUCCUCUCUUAGCAUGGACGAGAGACAGCGAGAACAAAAUCCUCUUUCAAGAGCGGGGGGAAAAGAAUGAGGUUUUCAAAAACCCACAGAACUUUUAUCUAUGGAAGAAGGAUAAGAGAGCUCUCAAAGAAAUAAAAGAGAAAGACAAGGAGUUAUUAAUACAGGAGAACUUCUGCGGGACUUCCAUCAUCGUGCCUGAUCUCGAGGCGGUGCUGUACCUCAAAGAAGACGGCAAGAAGUCCUGGAAACAGCGGCUCUUCCAGCUGAGGGCCUCGGGAAUUUAUUACGUACCCAAAGGGAAGACCAAGUCGUCCCGUGACCUUGUCUGCUUUGUCCAGUUUGACAAUUUAAAUGUCUACUAUGGCAAAGACUUUAAGAGCAAAUACAAGGCCCCAACAGACUUCUGCUUUGUUCUAAAGCAUCCUCAGAUCCAAAAAGAGUCCCAGUACAUCAAGUACCUAUGCUGUGAUGAUGCUUGGACCAUGAACCUUUGGGUAACCGGCAUACGUAUCGCAAAGUACGGUGUGUCGUUGUAUGAAAACUAUAAAACAGCCGAGAAGUCUGCCGUCAGCUCCGUGUGGACGAACCGCAGCACUCCAUCGAGCUCCAAUCCAUCAACGCCCUCACCCACCAUCAAAGCUAAAUCACCAAGCCAGGCCAAUGGUCAUGCUCCCAAACCCCAACCAGGACCUGUUUCUCAGGACUUUGACAAUGUUCCACUUCCACCUCCACCUCCACCAAUGGCCGAUAUGCUCCCUCCACCACCUCCAGACCCUGUCCUACCUCCUCUACCACCUCCUUUGGCUGCCAAGAGUUCCCCAAAACCUGCCACCCCCCAGCGACACCUUCCAAGCAACUUCCCUCCACCUCCACCUGCAAUGGAAAACCUCCCUCCUCCACCACCGCCCCCACCCAUCAAUGAUGCCUCAGAGGCCCCGCCAGACUUCCUUCCACCUCCUCCUCCUCCUCCUGCCGCUGGCUAUGGUUCACUGCCACCGCCAGUGAGCUCCCUACCACCACCGCCUCCCCCAGCUAGUUUUGGAGGUAUGGACCUGUCUCUGCCUCCUCCACCACCAGAUCCAGGCUUUUUACCACCACCUCCACCUCGGCCAAUGUUCACGGGGGCUGGAGGAGCACCGCCUCCACCUCCGCCUCCACCUCCACCUCUACAGCCUGCAGCCCCGAGACCAGCAGCUGUGCGGCCCACUGGCUCAGUAAAGAAGAUGCCUCCUGCUCCGCCAAAGAGGACUACACCAGCGCAGCAUGGAGGAGGUGGAGAUGGAGGUGGAGACUUCAUGUCAGAACUCAUGCUGGCCAUGAACAAGAAGCGUGGCAAUAAUUAGCCUCACCUGUGGAGUGGAGUAUAAAUAUUGUAUAAUGUGCGCCUGCACAACGACCAACUUCACCCUUAAUCAACCUCGUAUUGAUUUCAGCAAAACAGCUACUCUUUACAUCCACAACAAUAUUGAACGUCUCCAACAUGAAGCCAGUGGAGAUCAGUACAGACUUCAUAUCCUCCAGAAAACAGACGGUGGUCUAUCCAUCUUUUUUCCUAAACUGCUUUUACAAAACAUAAUCUUGCAUGAAUCAAGUGAGAGGUGAUUAUUUUUUUUUUUGUUUGUUUGUUUUUUUUUUUAAACUUAUUUUGGCCUUUUAUUGCCUUUGUUGAUAGUGACAGACGAAGAUAGACAGGAGGGGGGGGCAGAGAGAGAGGGGAGGACACGCAGCAGAGGGCUGCAGGUCGGAUUUGAAACCGGGCCCGCUGUAGCAACGCCGUACAUAGGUUGCCAGCUCUACUGACUGAGCUAACGGACCGCUAAGAGCGGAUCAUUUUUAAGACAAAAUAAUUAAACUGUAGAGAAAACUUUAUAUAUAUAUGACCUGUUUUUUUGCGUUUUAUUUUUUGUAUGACAUAAAAAAUAUACUGCUGUCAUCAUACUUCAAAGAUAAACUUUUAUAGAAUUGUACAUAUUGUUUGCAUGGAGUUACUUGGGCAUAUAUUUUACUGUGUGCCCCAGCUUUCAAAUGACUGUCUAAAUAGAACUAGAAAUAAAUCUCUACAAGUCCUGUUAGCAUAGAAAAUGCAUGAGUUGGACAGAAUUUCUUAUUGGUAUUGAAUUAUUGGGUCUUCUCCCUAUCAUCAAGUACAACCUGCUGCCAUUGGCAUCAUAAAGCAACAACCCACCAGGAAAUCAUCUCAUAAUCAAUAUCAAGCCUCAGAAGUGCUAUGAACGCUAUGAAUAUGAAAAAAAGCUUUGGAUCUACUUUACUUUUACUUUAUGUGUUCUGUAUGUGAAUGGGGUGAAAAGUCAUACUGUAUAUGAACCUAGAUCUGUAUAAAAGUAGAAGGACAGCCUC